AGCAGAAACGCAAGCACUGCCGUAAGCACCGCCGCCACGUGUUCUGACGCCACACCCUAUAAAACCGGCCGCACGAACUGAGCUCCCACAGCUCCUCCUCCGUAUGGUCGUCAGUCCCCUUCCAGCUGGUAACAAGAUGAAAAUGGCUGUGUCUGUUGUGCUGUUCAUAUCGCUCCUAUCUGCUAUUGCCACACUGCCCUCUGAAGCCCUCAAUGUGAGAGGUCAUCUACUGAAGUCAAAGACGUUCCGUUCUCCACCCGUCUUAUUGGCUCCUGGAUCAGUCUCAAACAAGUUCUACGCUGAUAUUGACUUUCCUCAAGGACACAUUGCCAUCAAGAGCUUUGAUGCAGAGGUUGUCGAUGAGAACGGCGUCCCUGUGCCGCUCCACGAGACUUACCUGCAUCACUGGGUUGCAGAACCAUACUACGCUUUGAAGAACAGUAAUCACAGCACUGACACACAGAAGCUUCCAAAGGGGGUGCUUAAAAGGAAUGAUGGAGUGUGCAAGACCACACUAGGCCAGUACUUUGGGCUUGGUUCCGAGACUCGUCACACCGCCACAUGGGUCCCUGAUCCUUAUGGAAUAGAGGCAGGCAAUCCGGAGAAGGCCCCUGAAGGUUAUGAGGAGAAAUGGUUGCUCAAUAUUCACGCCAUCGACACGAGGGGUGUGGCCGACAAGCCUGGCUGCACCGAGUGCAAGUGUAGCUUCUACAAUGUUACAAUAGAUGAGUAUGGGCGCACAAUCCCAAAGAACUAUACUGGCGGGUUGAAUUGCUGCUAUGAUCAGACCCAGUGUCAGGUCAAAGAAGGGUUCAAUGGUGAGGUGCGGAAGCUGUUCUUGCAGUACAAGGUGACGUGGCUCGACUGGACUGAUGCGGUGGUGCCUGUCAAGAUUUACAUAUUUGACGUUACUGACACCGCUCUGCUAGAUGGGACUCCUGAACAUUCUUGCAAGGUUGAGUACCAGGUCGAUGAAUGCAGCUCGGCAAACCGAGCCAACAAUGAUUGUACGCAUGUUAAGACUUCUAGAGCAGUGUUACCGCAUGGAGGAGAUAUCGUGUUCGGUGUUGCACACCAGCACUCUGGCGGUAGCGGUUCUUCUUUGUAUGGCCAGGACGGACGCCUUCUAUGCGAAUCUCUUCCAACCUACGGCUCAGGACAGGAGGCAGGGAACGAGGCAAACUACAUCGUCGGCAUGUCAACGUGCUACCCUAAGCCAGGGUCCGUCAAGGUCAGCGACAGCGAGGUGCUGACCGUGGUGUCCAACUACAGCAGCGACCGGCAGCACACAGGCGUCAUGGGCCUGUUCUACAUCCUCGUGGCCGAGCCCCAGCAGCCGGCUCUGGCGCCAUCCCUGUGCUUCAGCUUCCCAGCCAAAUGGUGCUUACCGGCAUGGAUCACCAGCAACAUGUGAAGAGAAGAUGAUCAUCUAUCAUCUCCUGGUGAAGUGCAAUUCAGUUAUGCAAAUGGUGAUGUCUGAAGAAUCAAUCGAUCAAUCACAGUUAGCUUACGAGAUGCGACAGACGUUUUGAGUCAAUAAAAUCGCCCUUUAACGGGGAAAAUAUUACAAGAUGGCUGGGUUUUUGUCAUGUAUAGCUAAUACUAGUAUAUACGCAGCAGUCAGUGAGUGGCAGGUUGUGUCAUUUCGCUGAGCCAUCAGUUUCUGAUGAUCUGUAGUUGAGUACCAUCUGUCUCCGAAGAAGCCGAGCUUUAUGAGUUCGUCAUUAGCAGAAGCAAAAUCAGUGUCCGUGUAAUAGUAAUCAAAAGCUGUACAAUCUCUUGUACGAACACCUUGCGGUCUUUACUAGUGAUACACUGGCGUAUACAUUGUGGGGAAUUGGUGCA